GAAGUAAAAAUAAUAUAGUAUAAAAAAACAUUGUUGUUCAAGAGAGAAAUUGAUAUUAUUGAUGCCUGCAUUAAUAGCUGAUCUGAAUAUGGAAUGUUUGUCAGCACAACAUCUGCUUAGCCUGCCAAACGAAAAAAAGAAGCAACACAAAAACACUAUACAAUUGUUUGAAAAUAUGCAACAACAACUCCAAAUUUUAAAGGUUGAUAUUUGCAAACAAUGCAAAAAAAAUUUUGAACUUGAAAAAGAAGUUCGCUUUUUCGACCAAAGGAUUGCCCUUCUUAUUAAUCAUAAAAUUACAGUUGAUGAAUUUCCUGAUAACAUAUCAUAUGGAGAACAUAGACUAGGAGCGUUGAAAGAUGACUUGAAAAAUAGGAUUUUUGGCAAUUUAUUUUUUUUGUUACAAACUGAUCCAAGAUAUCUUGCCAAGCUAACACGAUCUGUUGCUCCUACAGAAAUAGAUGAAUUGCUUCAGAUUGUUUUGUUUAGUUUAUAUGGAAACCAAUAUGAAGCUCGAGAAGAGCAUCUUUUGCUGAAAAUGUUUGAGUUAGCCAUUAAAAUGGAGUUUGAUGAAACAGAUGAAUUCGGAAGUUUAAUGCGUGCAAAUACAGCAAUUUCUCGUAUGAUGACAACAUACACAAGACGUGGACCUGGUCAAGAAUAUCUAAAAGAGACUUUACAAGAUAUUGUUGUUGAUGUUAACUCAAACAUUGAUUUGAAUCUAGAAGUCAAUCCUGUUAAAGUAUAUACUGCUAUUUACCAGAUCAUUGAUAAUGAACAAAAUAACAUCACAAUGGAAAGAGCUUUACGAGAUCCAAAAGUUGCCAAAGUUAUUAAGUACCGCUUAAAAGGUUUAGAAGAUAUCACAGAACAAUUUUUUGAAGCAAUUGUGGCAUCAUUAGAUUAUGUACCUUAUGGUAUACGUUGGUUAUGCAAAGCUAUUUAUCAACUCUGCAGAGAGCGUUUUCCUCACAUACCAAUUGAACAGAUUGCUGGUCUGAUUGGCGGUUUUUUUUUAUUACGAUUCAUAAAUCCAGCUAUAGUAUCACCGCAUAACUAUAUGUUAUUGAAUUCUCAACCUCGACCUGCUAUGAGACGCAAUUUCAUUCUGAUUGCAAAACUUUUGCAGGCCAUCAGCAAUAAAGGAGCUUCACAGGUGUUAAAAGAAGUUUACAUGAAACCACUCCAAUAUUUUGUAACCUCUCGUCAAGAAAAACUACAGAAGUUUUUACAUAAUUUGUGUGAUGUUGAUGAUUUUCAUUCUUAUCUUGAAAUAGAACAAUAUUUAUCGUUACCUAAAGAUAUGUCAAUUAGUAUUACACUUAAAGAAAUGCAUAGGUUGCAUGAACUGCUGUGCAAGUACCAAGAUUUUCUGAUCAAUGAUGAUAAUGACAAUCUCACAGUGCUUUUACAUGAGCUUGGUGAACCCAUGUCAUCUGAAUGUCUUGAUGAUGUUACUGUUGAUGUAGCACUUUUGAGUAGAUGGGAUGUUUCAUUAAGUUUUAGAGAUGAAAUGAUUGAUCCUGAUGGAGCUAUCGAUAAUGGAAUUAAAAAUCUUCGCAAACAGUGUCGUACUUUGCUCAUAAAGUUGCUUACUAAGGCUCCAUAUCUUAUGAAAGAACUUAAUAUGCGUGAUGUAAUUUCUCGUGGAUUAGCAACCGAUAAUGAAGAAGUAAUAAGGCUUGCAAGCUUUGCCAUGACAUGUUUGAGUGAACUUCAAGACAAUGACAAAUUGUAUUGCGAAGAAGAUCUUUUAAGAAGUGUAAAAGAAUUUGUUUUAAAGCAAGAGCAUCAUUCAGAUCGUAUGUUAAGAGAACUGAAGGGACUUAAAAAUGUUAAAGAAUCAUUAGAAUGGCAUGGGGAGUUUCUAACCCAGCAGUUGGAUGCAUAUAAAGAAUAUCUGAGUGCUGUAAGAAACAAAGCUGCUCAUAGGGAUGGAGAAAUAACUAAUGGAAAUAAAGGCAAAUUAAAUUUAGGUCCAUUAGAGUUUUCUUUUACUCAACUUGAAAAAGAAGGGGUUAUCCUGGAAAGCCGAUCUAUCUCUGCCAAAAGAAAGCAAAAUAUCAACUUUAUUGUACUUUGCACGGAGCCUGGUAUUUAUAGAAUUACACUGAGAUAUAAAACGCCUAUUGCUGGUCAACCAGCCGUGAUGGAUAUGGAUCUACAUCUAGAGGAAUUACUUGAAUACCAACAUUUUAGAGAUCCGGUUUUAAAUUUGAAUGAGUUUGUUGUUCUUGAUGUGCGACAUACUCUCUCUUUCCUUCAUAAACAUUUUCGGCCUAAAAAAUUAUGACUAACCGCCGGGACAUUGAACACUCAAUUUAAAUCACUGCGUCGUUCUUUCAGAAGGUAGUUGUAAAUUUUAUGUUUGGGUGGAAGGCGUCAAAAAUCAGCAGAUGUUUGUUCUUUGACUAAAGUAAUUAGCACGUUUGCUUAAAAUUUAAGCAGUUUGACAUCCAACUGUCGUUUACCCAAAAAACAUAAUGAAUUAUGUACUCAACGACUUUUAAUUCUAUCUUCUGGAAAGAUAAAUUGAAAUUGAUGUAAUGAAAUGUCAAGCGCAAAAGCGAGUUCUUAGAGAACCCAAAACACUUUUUUUUUUUUCAAAUAAAAAACACAUUGUAAAUAAUUCCUAAUUAUUUGUUAUUUCCUGUAUUUUAUUAAAAAAAGUAUUUAUUUUAUUUUCUGUAAAUAAGGUUUAUUUUUGUUCAUCGAUAUUUUGUAUAUCUAAUUCUAGAAUAAUUUUUACUUGAUUCUAGAAAAUUAUGUUAAAUAUCAGUGUUUUAAUGCAAUAAGUUACAAUUUGUAAAUAUUUUGUUUAUAUUUUUUCAUAUUU